CGUAUUAUUAUUUAUUCAAAAGAAUCCUUCUGUGGAAAUAAAAACGAGCUCAAGAAAGAGUAUAAAUACGGGACUGCCACCGAUUAAGUGGACACAAUCUUGCCAUUCAUUGACUGGACAACACGUGUACAGCUACUUGUAUCAGGCACGAUGACUUCGACACUUUUUGUCCUCUUUGCACUUGCUGUCGCGGCUUCCGCGACAAUAGAGGUGAACCACUUAGUACAGACGAAUGACGCAGGCCAUAAGAUACAAAUGGACGUGAUUCGCGACGAGGACGCUAAACUCGUAUUGUCUAUCAUCGGAGACGUCUCCCGAUACAGAGGAUCGAAACAGACUGUCAACUUUCAUGACUACAACGUGGGCUAUGGUGUUCUUAAGGAUAUCAACAGGAAAAUUUGUAUUCUAACGCGACCGUUGGUUCCGAUGCUGCCAUCAUGGAAAUACGAACAGGGCACAACCGACGAAAUUCAUGUUCACAACAUGCACUUCAAUCACACAAAAAUGUCAAAUGAAGAAGUUUUGGAACUUGCUGGAUCAAACAUAGCCACUUUCUGCCACGAUUAUAAUACUUAUUAUGCAGAGGCCACCCCAGCCGACAGGAGAGACACUGCAGAUAUGAUUGGGGUAAUGGGAACAGAAAGAAGCAGAGGUACAAUGUGGUGCGUCUUCUCAAGUUGUAUCUUUGGUGAAGGUGAUUACGCACACUUAGGAUAGAAAAGAAGAAGAACAAGAAGAAGAAGAAGAAAAAGAAGAAGAAGCAGAUGAAAAAAAAAAAAAAAAAAAUGUUUGUUAAAUUCAACUAAUAAAAUUACUAUUGGAAAGGGCAGUGCACUUGAGUAACCUCAAAUUAACAAUAAAUGUACUAUUUAAAACAUCACAAACAUGUGUGUUCAUUCGAAUAGGUGAAAGAACGUUUUAGUUAUAUGUGUGGAUUUAGAAAUACUAUAUAUGUUUAUAUAUUUCAUGAAACAUCAGGAAAAACGUGUCUAAUUGUAGUAUGUAUUGUGUCGACUCGUAUUGUGAGGUUUCUGUAUAGAAAACAUGAUACUUAAAAAAUAUUAAUUUUUAAUGCUACAAGAAGUAAGUUCAAUAAUUUUCAGAAAUUCAGAGGACACCAAAAACAUCGGCUUACAUACGUUCUCUCGUAAGACAUUCUAAAGGAAAAUAAAACAAUAAAAACAGAGUUGGAAUUUAAAUUCAUAUCUCGGUUUGUAUGCAAUUUAUUCUGAAUAUUAUUUAAAUAUAAUUGGCAAUUCCAAAUAGCAAAUAAAACAAACAUGGACGUGCCUUUUAACACUUUUUUCCAUUUUUGCUUGAAUAUCUCUCUCUCUCUUUGUUUGAAUAUAUUAAUCUUAAGAUUUUAACACAUUGAUUUAACUAAACUCAUAAAUAUAAUAAUAAUAAAUGUGUUUUACUUUAAAUGCCCAAAUAUGUGUCCAAUGUCAUUUUGUAUACUAACAGAAUAUAUGCAAUAAAAAACUUUAACAUUGAA